AAGUAAAAUAAAAUUAAAUACAUCUAUUUUUAAGCCCUUGUUUUUUUUCUAGAGGUUUAGAUAUAACAUUUGGUUCACUAAAUGAUACUUCCUACGGUGGUAUACUUAUUCGAUCAAUAGAAAAUAAAGAAACUAAACAAAUCUAUGAAGGAAGUUGUUUAGUUGUUGAUGCUAUAUUAAAUUUAUGUAAUAGUGAAACAAUCAAAGAACUUGUUGAAAUAAAAUUAAGUAAAAAUCUACAUGUUUUUAAUGAAAAUCAAUUUAUCUAUUUACGUUCAUGUAAAUCUCAAACAAAUCAAGAUAUUAUUGCUUCACCACGUGUUGGUUUAACAUUAAAAGUUCCAUCACUCGAUCGUGAACGUUUUCUAUUUCGUCCAUAUCGUUUUACAUUAAAAAAUUAUUACCCAAAGAAAAUGAAACUAACAGUUCUAUUAGCAUUAGCUGCUGAAAAAUAUUUUAAUGAUAAGAAAGAAAAUUUUACUGAUUAUGCCAAAGAAUUAGCUACUAGUACAAAAACUCGUCAAGCAACACUUAUGAUUAAUUUAAAUGAUUUACAAACCGGUUAUGAUAUGGAUAUAUCAAAAAAGACUUCACCAUUAGUUGAUUAUUAUAAGAAAAAUUUUACAACAACAGAUUUAGCUCAAGCUUAUGGAAUUUGGAUUAAAAAAUAUCGAACAAAUUAA